ACACCAAACAAAUUACGAGGCCCACCACCCCGUAGAUAUAGCGAGGUGAAUGCACAGGAUGGAUUGGAAUUCGGAGUCCAACUCCAACGCAGCUUGCACUAAUAAAAACGCAGUCACAAUCGCAGCGCUGCAUAACUCGCACAAUUUGGUCUCUCUAAUACCUCUCGAGGGUUUUUUCAGCGCCAUGGAGGGUUCGUCUUCUCGGCCGUCCGAUUCAAAUUCAACGGCUACUGCCGCUUCUAAAUUCCUCUCUAACCUUCCAUCUCGAGGUUUCUUGUCCUCUACCGUCCUCUCUUCAAAUCCGGGUGGGAUGCGAGUUUAUAUCUGUGAGCAUGACACAUUGCCUCCAGAAAGUCAACAGAUAAAGACGAACCAAACAAACAUAUUGAUUAGAUCGCUCCAACUUAAGAAUCAAAAGGGCGAGUCUAGUUCAAAGGACGGAAAGGGAAUAAAUGCAGGUGAAGGUUCUCGAAAACGCCCUCCAGAAAGGGUUCAGGAUGGCAGGGCUUCAGCUAAGAGAAGCAAUGCUCAAAUUGGUUCUCGACAAGAGGGAUUGGAUAGCCGAUCAUCCGAUAGAGAAUUAUACAGUUUGACUGUAGAAAGGCUUCGGGCCCUUCUGAAGGAGCGGGGUCUUUCACCCAAAGGAAAGAAGGAUGAGCUGGUUGCAAGGUUGAGAAAUGCAAAUGGUUAAUCAUUCAGAAGCUUGGGGAUAAAUCGUUCACAUUGUAUACAUCCAGGGCAGGAAUUAGGUGAUUUUAGUGGUCUUCUACGUAACAUGGGGAAUGGGUCAACGACUAGAAUUGGGGGAAAAAAUGCCAAUGUUGGAAAGUUGAAGAAAUUUUAAUAAUUUUGGUGCAUCUUUUUGCCAAAAGAAAAGGAAAAAGGAUCAGUAGCAUUAGAAAGUGGAUGGUUGUGUAGAAAAUUUUUUGUGCCAAGGCAAGUUUUUUUGGGGUUGGAACAUGAGUUUACCUAGUACUCUUAACAGUGUAACUUCUAUAGCCAGAUGUACUGUGUUGUUUGGUCUUCCUAAAUAUAAUGAAGCAAAAACCUUCUGAAAUGGGAAGCAGUUGGAUUUUCAAUGGAAAUUCAUCUGAA